AUGUCGGCGGUACAUUUGUUUCUGAAGGCAUGUUUAAUAAUGGACCAACCACAAAACUUCAAACGAUGGCUGCGUUUUUUAUUCUUUAGCCUCCUUUUUGGUGUUUCGCUUGGAGAAGUCCGUUAUGUCCUUCCGGAGGAGAUGCAGCGGGGCUCUGUUAUCGGGAAUGUUGCGCGGGAUCUGGGGCUGAAAGUGACGGAGCUUGGCGCUCGUCGCGCCCGGGUUGUUGCUGAAGGAACCGGCCAGCUGUGUGAACUGGACACUGCGUCAGGCAAUCUUUUGAUCAGCCAGCGGAUAGACCGAGAGGAGCUCUGCGCGCAAGCAGCUGUCUGCAUCCUACAGUAUCAGCUCUUACUUGAGGCUCCACUCCAAGCACACAGCUUAGUUCUGGACAUUGCUGAUAUAAACGACAACAGCCCAGUUUUUGCUGCUGGAGACAUCAAUCUGGAUUUAGUCGAAUCCACAGUUCUAGGCAGGCGCUUUCCACUGGAGAGCGCGCAUGACCCCGAUCUGGGUACCAACUCAAUACGUGAAUAUAAACUGAGCCCGAACGAUCAUUUUGCACUGGAAAUGAGCACGCAAAUAAACGGCCAUGCCUAUCCGGAACUUGUUCUUAAAAAGCCCCUGGACCGGGAGGCAAAGGCUGAACAUGUACUGAAAAUCAAUGGAAUUGACGGGGGUAAUCCAGUCAGAUCAGGAACCGCCUCUAUACACGUCCGUGUUUUGGAUGCCAAUGACAAUGUCCCAGUUUUUAGCCAACGAGUUUACAAAGCCUCUGUGCCAGAAAACUCUGCCGUAGGGACUGUCAUAUUGACACUGAACGCCACGGACUUGGAUGAAAGUGUUUAUGGAGAGAUAACGUACUCUUUCAGUCACCUUUCAGAAAAGGUCGCAGGAGUUAUUGAUAUGAAUCCCUUGACUGGAGAAGUACGGGUAGUUGGUGUUAUUGACUAUGAGGAGGCUAGUUCGCAUGAGUUAGACAUUCAGGCUAAAGAUGGCGGUGGUCAGGCCUCUCACUGUAAACUUAUAAUUGAGGUCAUUGAUGUAAAUGACAAUGAGCCCGUGAUAGAAAUAAAGUCAGCAUCUGCAAUCAUAGGUGAAGACUCUAAACCAGGUACCAUGGUUGCUCUGAUUAAUAUCUAUGACAUGGACACUGGAAGCAGUGGGCAAGUCUCAUGUACGAUCCCAGACAAUGUCCCAUUUAAAUUUGUUUCAGAAGUGAAAAACUAUUACAUGUUAGUGACUGACGGGAAACUAGACAGAGAGCUUCAGCCAGAGUAUAACAUCACGAUCACUGCCACUGAUGCAGGCUCCCCCUCACUCUCCAGUGUAAAAGUUCUAACAAUUGUGGUUCAUGAUAUAAAUGAUAACCCCCCGACUUUUAUGCAGAGCGAGUACAAUGCCAACAUUUUGGAAAACCAGCCAAUUGGAACGUUUGUCAUGACACUGAAAGCGGAGGACACUGACGAUGGACCUAAUGCUAAAGUGCUGUUCCAAAUUUCAACGGACACAAACUCAGAAGUGUCCUCUUUUCUCACCAUCAACUCAGACACGGGGGAGCUCUUCACAUCUCGUCUCUUCGAUUAUGAACAGUCAGUUCACUUCCAAAUCAAGGUGAUCGCUCGAGAUGGAGGCGACCCCCCACUCUCCGCUACCUGCACGAUACACGUUUUCAUUAAGGACCAAAAUGACAAUACACCUGCGGUCCUAUAUCCUCUCCAGUCCAGCAGGUUCAUCGCUGAAGAUAUGGUGCCUAUAGAAGCACCCAGAGGGUACCUGGUUACUAAAGUGGUAGCUGUGGACGCAGACUCUGGCCACAACGCCUGGCUUUCUUACAAAAUAAUCAGAGCAACGACACCUAACCUGUUUAUGGUGGGUCUGCACACAGGUGAAAUCAGAACAGCGCGACCAUUCAUGGAGGAUGAGGAACAGAAACAGACUGUCGUUGUUUUGGUUACGGACAACGGGCCAGAAUCUCUCUCCGCCACUGCUACUGUCAGCAUAGUAAUCGGUGAUGGCCUGCCUGUUUUAAAUGAACUUUUUGAGUUUGUUGAUGAAUCACAGGACAGCUUUAACCUAACGCUCUAUUUGAUCAUCGCUCUGUCAACCGUUUCUUUCCUUUUCCUCCUUUUAAUCGUCGGGGUGUUUUAUUUUAAACUGUGCCGGCAAAGUUACGUUUACCGUUCAACAACCGCCAGUCUCCCUGUCUUCCCCGCGACCUACUGCCCCACUAGUUUUACAGACUUCAGUCAUUGUGGCACCCUGCUAAAUGAUGAUCGCUAUGAUUCCUUCUUGACCACUGGCUCGUGGAGAGGGGAUUUCCGUUUUGGCGCAAACACAGACACUGACACACUGAAGAAAAGAAGCGCAGCCUAUCAGAAAAACACCUUGAGGCGCAUUAGUGCAGACAGAGCUACUCUGAAGGUGAGGGCAGGAGUACCUCAUCCUUGCUACGUGGUCAAGUGA